AGCCCCGCCCCCUGUGCGUUCCUUCCGGAAACAGACGCCCUGAUGAAGGUAGCAGUGAGGUAGCGGCUGCGGAUCCACACGGUUCAUGGUCGGCAGCCACCUCUGACUCGUAGCUCACUUCGGCUCGAGUCGGGAACCCCGCUGGAGUCGGUUCGGCUCGGUGCUUUCAUUUCUCUUUAGCUCGGCGGCUAACAUCAUGGCGGCCACGGAUCCACGUUUCUCGAGUAACGGCGGGCCGAACAGCAGAGGAGGGUUCCCUGCGGGGGAGAGCAGCAGCGACCGCGACGGCCCGGGCGGCAGCAGCUGCGGCGGCGGCGGCGCGGAGAGCGAGCGUGAUCGGGCCACCUUCGAGUGCAACAUCUGCUUGGACACUGCCCGGGACGCGGUCAUCAGUAUGUGCGGCCACUUGUUCUGCUGGCCCUGCCUUCAUCAAUGGUUGGAGACGCGGCCUAGCAGGCAACAGUGUCCCGUCUGCAAGGCGGGCAUUAGCAGGGAGAAAGUCAUCCCGCUGUACGGCAGAGGGAGCUCCAGCCAGGAGGACCCCAGGUUGAAAACUCCGCCUCGGCCUCAGGGACAGAGAACCGAGCCUGAAAGCAGAGGAGGGAUGUUCCCCGGUUUUGGAGAAACGGGCUUCCACAUGUCUUUCGGGAUCGGAGCGUUCCCCUUCGGCUUUUUCACCACAGUCUUCAACGCCAACGACCCCUUCCACAGAGCAGACCAGUAUGUAGGGGAUCACCAAGCCAACGGUAACCUUAACAACGGCAACAACAACAACAACUGGCAGGACUCCCUCUUCCUGUUCGUCGCCAUCAUCUUCUUCUUCUGGCUACUGAGCGUCUGAUGACGACGACAAUAUAAAAACAAAAACAAGACUGGAGACACUAGCGCGCGCGCACACACACACACACACACACACGUGAUUUUCAUUAUGUAACCUGAGAAAAAGCUGCUGAGAGUCAAGAAAUACAGGUUUUCUCCUCCACUCUGCCCCUGACACACACACUGACACGCACCUGCUGUGUUAACACUGUAAAAACACAAAAUCUUACCAACUAUUUCUGGUCCACUUUUUAAUGCUAACAUAUUAAUACACUUGAAAUAAGACGCAAC